AUGGAGCUGCGGCUGUGGUUCCUUUUCGGGCUCGCAGUGACCUCCGCCGCAGGGCUGGUGCCUCGCCCCCAGCCUGGGGACGCUGGCAGGAGCGGCGAGCCCCGGGCCCCCUCUGCCGCCAGAGCGGAGGGGGACGCAGAGGAGACUGUGGCCACAACAGCAGUGCGCGGUCCAAGCCCCAGAAGCCCUGGGCAGGAGGAGGGACCUGGUCGGUUUGGGGAGCAGGCGGCCAAGGGGGGCCCUGUGCACCACCGAGCCCGGCGCUGUACAUGUUUUACCUACAAGGACAAAGAGUGUGUCUACUAUUGCCACCUGGACAUCAUCUGGAUCAACACUCCUGAACGGACUGUGCCCUAUGGGCUGUCCAACUACAGAGGCAGCUUCCGGGGCAGGAGGUCGGCCGGGACAUUUCCGCGGAGCUCACAGCCGUCGAAGGGGACGCCGCGCUGCGCCUGUGCGGAGAGCGAGGACGCCGCCUGCGUGCAUUUCUGCACCUGGACCCCGGCUGCCCGCGGGAAUUCAAGGACGGCACAAACACCCGACAAAGAAGCAGGAAAGCAGGCCAGCGGUGCUGCCGGGGGCGUGCGUCCAAGGAGCUGUGCUCUAGCGGCCACACUGGGAUUGCUGAGCGUCUGA